UUCAGUUUCAGAAUCUCCAAAAUAUUAGUUUCCAAUACUUCACUAUAAUCAAAACUUAUUAAAUAUAGCUACCACUUGAACAUAGUCAUAGACAAAGCCAUAAGCGCCUGCCUGGAAAUAUUCAGCACCGUAACAGCCCUAUUUCCAAAAUUCGCCGCCAACGGCGGCUGCCCCAGGCAAAACAUGGCCCUGCAAAACAUCCAGGCCCGCCUCAGAAUGGUACUAAGCUACUUAUUUGCUCAGUUAGUACUGUGGGCCAGAGGCCGCCCUGGCGGAUUAUUAGUACUGGGCUCAGCCAAUGUAGAUGAGGCUUUACGAGGAUAUAUGACUAAAUAUGAUUGUUCUAGUGCCGAUAUUAAUCCUAUUGGUGGCAUAUCAAAAACCGAUUUACGUAAGUUUAUUGUGUAUGCAAAAGACAAAUUUCAAAUUGGUAUUUUGGGGGAAAUUUACCAAGCGCCUCCAACAGCUGAAUUAGAGCCUUUAGUGCAAGGUAAAAUAGCUCAAACUGACGAGCAAGAUAUGGGAAUGAGCUACAAUGAGCUGAGCCAGUUUGGCCGUUUGAGAAAAGUUGAAAAUUGUGGCCCUUUUUCAAUGUACUGUAAAUUGGUCCAAACUUGGUCCGAUACUUGUAGUCCUAAGCAAGUUUCUGAGAAGGUCAAGCACUUUUUUCGCUGCUACGCUAUAAACCGUCACAAAAUGACAGUUCUAACUCCGUCCUAUCACGCAGAAAGCUACAGCCCAGAUGAUAACCGAUUCGAUUUGAGACCCUUUUUAUACCGAGCCAAUUGGUCUUGGCAAUUUAGAGCUAUAGACAAACAGCUGGACUAUUUGACCAGCGCGAAACGAAGUUCCUCGAGCAGCGGCAACGUUGCCAAAAAAUCAGGCAGCACCAAAAUACGUACCGGAGUUACCGUAUAGUAUAGGGCUUUUGUGUAAUAAGCACUUGACAACCUCGCCAUAUCACUUGAUUUUUCUAGCAUUUUUUUCCAAUUUAGUCUUUAAGUAAUAACUGAAUAUUGUUAGAAGUUUGGGACACAAUCUUGCAACUCCAAAGUUUUCCAGGCAGUGUUGCAAGUUUGUGCAAUAAAUUAAAAAACAAAACAACUUUGUAGCGCACAAAACAAAACAAGUAGAUAUUUAUUAAGUAGAUAAAAUAAAUAAAGCCCCCUUUACAAUUAUUUAGGCUCGUUUUUUUAGCCUAAUCACCAUCCCACUAGCUGAAUACAAUACCAAUCUUGCAGUAAGUUUCAAACUAUGUUCCGGUACUUUUAGGAUUUCGAAAUUCCUAAUCAAGUUAGACAGGAGGCAUUUCAUUUCCAGAAUUGCAAAGUUUUUGCCUUAAAAUAAUAGGAAUUGCAAAAUUAAUAAAACAGUUAUUGUAAAUCUUACCUACGCAAUUUCUAGGCUUGACACCAAAAGGCAUAUAAGUGAAUUUGUCAGGUUUUGAAGCGAAUCUUUCAGGUAUAAAUUUUCCGGGUUCUGGAAAAUAAUCUGGAUUAAGGUGGAUUGCGUUUAGGACUACGUUAACGUGAAGGCCAGCUGGGAUUUUUUU